ACUAUUUAGUACGCGUAUCAAGUGCACGAUAUAAACCAAGUAGCCACGUGGUGACACAAGCGUGUACGCAUGCGUGCAAUAUUAAGACAGUGAUGGAAAAUUUUCUUUGAUCUGUCUUUCUCUUUUUGGGAUAAUCACGCGUUGAGAGGCUUUCAAUCGUGGAAUACUACGUGCACCAUCAUGCAACUAAAAAUCCGUGGACAAGAAACGACAGUUGUUAAUUGUCAAGAUAAUGACACAAUACAACACAUAAAGGAGAGGAUUACAUGCCUUCAAGGCAUUGAGGAGUUUCAUCUUUAUUGUAAUGGAGUUUUAUUAACUAAUGAAACUCCUGUGAAUGAACUUGCCUCUGAUACAUUGGAGUUGACCAUACCAUUGUUGGGAGGAAAAGUUCAUGGGUCCUUGGCACGUGCUGGCAAAGUAAAGGCUCAGACACCGAAGGUUGAAAAACAAGAGAAGAGCAAGAAAAAGACUGGUCGUGCUAAACGACGUAUCCAGUACAAUCGCAGGUUUGUGAAUGUCGUUCAGACCUUCGGCCGCCGACGUGGACCUAAUGCAAAUACAAAUUCGUAAGAAACGUGUUAUUAUGAGAUGAAAUAAAGUGUAAUCCUCUGAAA